AUGGUGGGCGAUGUUUUAAGAAAGCUCUCAUAUGUCAGCUGUGCUUGUUUCAGUGGCUGCUGAGCAGUUGACUGGAAAACUUUCCGUUUGGAAUACUGGCGUAGUGCAGAAGAACAUAAACAACAACAGCAACAACGACAACAACAACAACAACAACAACAGAGAAAGUGACUGUCAACAGCAAAGCAAAUAAUAAUUGAUUGGAAAUAAACAGUUACUCACGAUGGCUAUGUGGUUACAACGUUUACGACUCUCAUGUGCUGUCGGCGCAGCUCGUCAAAGCUUACGAAGCUUUGCCGCUGCCAGUGAGAAUAAAAACAGCAACAGCAACAACAAUAACCUUGACGCUUCUCCCAUAGAUGAGCGACAUCCGUUGCGGGGUGUGCGUAUUUUAGAUCUCACGCGCAUCAUCGCUGGACCCUACUGCACCAUGGUGCUGGCCGAUCUGGGUGCCGAGGUGAUAAAGGUGGAGCGGCCCCAUUUCGGCGAUGAGGCGCGCAAAUGGGGCCCGCCAUUUCUAGAGAAGAGCGGCGAUGCGGCUUACUUUCUAGCGCCCAAUCGCAACAAGCAGAGCGUCUGCAUUGACAUGAAGCGUGGCAGGGAUCUGAUGCAGCAGUUGGUCAGCAAGUGCGAUGUGCUCGUGGAGAACUAUGUACCUGGCACCCUGGAGCGCUACGGUCUGGGUUAUGAGCAGCUGCGGGAAGCGAAUCCACGUCUGAUCUACUGCACCAUCAGUGGCUAUGGAUCGGUGGGUCCCUAUGCCAAGCGACCGGGCUAUGAUGUGAUUGCCUCCUCCAUGGGCGGUCUUUUGCAUAUCACGGGCCAGCCUGACGGGCCUCCCAGCAAGGUAGGCGUCGCUGUAACAGAUGUGGCAACGGGUCUUUAUGCACAUGGCGCCAUUCUGGCCGCCCUGCUGCAGCGGGAGCGCACCCAACGCGGCCAGAAGAUCGACGUGGAUCUGCUGUCCACGUGCUGCUCGCUCUUGAUCAAUGUGGCCAGCAACUACCUGAACGCCGGCACAGAGGCCAAGCGCUGGGGCACUGCCCACUCCAGCAUUGUGCCCUACCAGAGCUUCAAGACGGCCGAUGGCUACCUCACGCUGGGCGCCGGCAGCGAUGCCCAGUUUGUGGAGCUGUGCAGCCGCCUGAACAUCGAACCGAUCGCCCUCGAUGCCAAGUUCAAGACCAACAAGGAUCGGGUCAAGAAUCGCGAAGAACUAGUCAAUUUGCUUGCCAAGAUCCUGGCAAGCGACUCGUCCAGGAACUGGAUGCGUCUCUUUGAGGGCGCCUCCUUUGUGGUGGGGCCCGUCAACAGCAUACGCGAGGUGUUUGAGGAUGAGCACAUCCAGGCCAUAGGCCUGGUCAAGACUCUGCCACAUCCGCGCGAUGGCAGCGUCAAGGUCGUGGGUCCGCCGGUCGUCUACAGUGAAGCGCGCAACGAUGCACGCACCGCUCCGCCCAUGCUCGGCGAGCACACAGAUAAGGUGCUCGCUAAUCUUCUAGGCUAUGGAGCUGAGCAAAUUGCCGAGCUUCGCAGUAAGGGUAUCAUUCAGUAAAGGAUUCUCCCGAGAUCCUAUUACAUACAUAUGUAAAUAUGUAUAUAU